AUGUCUCUUUUCCCUAAAAUAUUUCUGAGACCUGAGGUUGAAAACCAUCUCAAAGAGGGCUUUAUGAAUAAGGAGAUUGUAACUUUUUUAGGUAAACAGAAAGUUGAAAGAAAAUUUGAGACACUCUUAAGUCACCUGUCACAUCCUCCAUCCUUCACAACUGUCAGGGUGAAUACACAUUUAACCACAGUACAACAUGUGAAAAACCUGUUACUUGAUGAACUUCAGAAGCAGUUUAAUGGAUUAAGUGUUCCUAUUCUUCAGCAUCCAGACGUUCAGGAUGUCUUACUCAUCCCUGUUAUUGGGCCUAGGAAGAAUAUUCAAAAACAACAAUGUGAAGCCAUUGUUGGAGCCCAAUGUGGCAAUGCGGUGUUGAGAGGAGCCCAUGUCUAUGCUCCAGGAAUAGUAUCAGCUUCAAAAUUUAUGAAAGCUGGAGAUACUGUUUCUGUGUACUCUGAUAUUAAUGGAGAAUGCAAGAAAGGAGCCAAAGAAUUUGAUGGAUGCAAAAUAUUUCUUGGGAAUGGGAUUUCUGAAUUAAGCCGAAAUGAACUCUUCAGUGGGCUUCCUAAAUUAAAAGGAAUAGGCAUAAGAAUGACAGAACCAGUAUAUCUCAGCCCUUCAUUUGACAGUAUGCUACCCAAUUACUUAUUUUUACAGAAUUUGCCAUCUGCUGUAGUAGCUCAUGUUUUGAAUCCUCAACCUGGAGAAAAGGUUCUAGACUUGUGUGCAGCACCAGGAGGCAAAACCACACACAUUGCAACAUUAAUGCGUGAUCAGGGAGAAGUAAUAGCACUGGAUAAAAUAUCCAGCAAAAUAGAAAAAAUAAAGCAGAAUGCUUUGCUGUUGGGUUUGAAUUCCAUCAGGGCUUUUUGUUUUGAUGGAACAAAGGCUCUUAAACAUGAAAUGGUUGAGGACUCAGAAGGGAAACCACCAUUCUUAGCAGAAUCUUUUGACCGAAUUCUUCUUGAUGCACCAUGUAGUGGGCUAGGACAGAGACCAAACAUGGCUUGUACUUGGACUUUGAAGGAAGUAACCUCGUAUCAACCAUUACAGCGCAAACUCUUUUCUGUGGCAGUUCAGCUGCUGAAGCCAGGGGGCGUGCUGGUUUACAGCACAUGCACUAUAACACUGGCAGAAAAUGAGGAACAAGUUGCUUGGGCCCUAAAGACAUUUUCUUGUCUUCAACUUGAGCCCCAGGAACCACAGAUUGGAGGAGAAGGAAUGAUGGGAGCAGGCCUAUCAUUUGAACAAUUGAAACAGCUGCAGCGAUUUGAUCCAUCUGUUGUGCCAUUACAGGCCACUGACAUUCAUUCUCUCAGAGAAACCAGAAUUGAAGACAUGAUCUGGCAGGCAAAUAAAGAUUGUAUAGGUUUUUUUAUUGCAAAAUUUGUAAAAAGUAAAAGCACAUAG